AUGAAUCCUCACUGCGCACGCUGCGGGAAAAUCGUCUACGCUACUGAGAAAGUCAACUGCCUGGACAAGUACUGGCACAAAGGAUGCUUCCACUGCGAGGUGUGCAAAAUGACCCUGAACAUGAACAACUACAAAGGAUACGAGAAGAAACCUUACUGCAAUUCGCACUACCCCAAGCAGACGUUCACGAUCGUCGCAGACACGCCAGAGAACCUGCGACUGAGGCAGCAGAGUGAGCUACAGAGUCAGGUGAAGUACAGGAAGGAUUUUGAAGAAAGUAAAGGCCGUGGUCUUCGAUUUCUUAUAGACACACCUGAAGUGCAGAGACUGAAGAAAGCCCAGGAUCAGAUUAGUAACGCUAAAUAUCAUAAGGAUUUUGACAUGCCAGGCUUGCACGGUGUCACUCAGGGCGUCCGAGGAACUUAUCUGGUUCGGGCACAGACGAGACCCAACCAUGAGACACUGCAGGGGAGGUGCACCACACACAGAGGUGUGAAUCAGUACACCAUGGAGAUGGAACGGAGGCCAGGAGUCAUUGUGGCUCCUGUGCUUCCUGGAGCUUAUUACCCGAGCAGUUACAAUCAGGGAAACAGCUACAUGCAUCAGACCAGCAUGCACUCCCUCAGAGCACUGCAGCUCCAGGCGCAUCCAACAACCAUGAGUGUGUACAGGGCUCUGUACGACUACACGGCUCAGGACUGUGACGAGGUAUCGUUCCGAGAUGGUGAUCUGAUCCACAACGUGCACUCCAUCGAUGAGGGUUGGAUGUUUGGGACGGUCCAGAGGACGGGCCGCUCGGGCAUGCUGCCUGCGAACUACGUGGAAGGCAUCCGCUAA